AUGUCGUGUCACUGGGAGCAGCNAGCCCCGGCCUCAGCCCUGCCCACGCCGGAGCCGCUCCCGGGGUGGUGUUGGACGGGAUUCCCUGGAGCUGGCCUGGCACUUCCCGGGCUCCCGGCCAGCUGUGCUCUGGGUGCCAUCCCGAGGGAUUUGGUUUUGGGGCUACUGCAGCUGGGUUUGGCCAUACAGGGAGAGCCUGUGGAAACAUGGCUCCAGCGCUUUCUCAUCCCAAAUUUUGUGGCUGGGCUGUGGAGCUGGGAUGUGGUGCUGGAUCCUCUUUGGGAUUCAUUCCCUCAGUGGGUCGGUGCUCCGGCUCUGACAUCCCGUUUCCUCCACGGCAGCUCCGAGUGGACGGUUCAGCGGAAGCUGCGGGAAUUCUUCUCCGUCCCGCGGUGCCUGGUCAGCGUGUUCAGCCUCUUCCUCGUGGAGCUGAUCCGCUUCCUCGGCGAGGCCGUGGUCCAGGCGCUGGUGGUCGGUGUCCUGACAGCCAUUGGCGACCACGUCCUGAAGCCCCUCCUGGCAGCGGCGUUCCACAGCCUCCUGCAGCCGCUCCUGCUCUUCCUGCUGAAGGUGCUGGGGGGCAUCCGGGACCUGGCGGAUCCUGUGCUGGACGUGGUGGCCCGGGUGUGCUCCCAGCUGGCCGUGCUGCUCCGCGCUGUCCGGCUGGUGGAGAUCCGCCUGCACCCGGACACACGGACCGGCCCCACGGCCGGCUGAGGGGGCCACGGGAGAGAAAGAGGAGGAGAGAGGAAAACCCUCAUUCCUGGGAAUUGUGGAGAAGUGGGCCUGGCUGUGGGCUGGGAGGUACUGGAGGGACCGGUAUCUCCGUGUGUCCGGAUGGGGAGCAUGUCGUGUCACUGGGAGCAGGUUUGGCUGUUCUAGCUUUGCAAAUGUCUCCUUAAUUUAAUUAAAUUCCAAUUUUAUCCAUUGGA